AUGCCAGUGGUUGAACUAAUCGCAACACCAGUUCCCAGGGGAGCAGUACCAAAAACCGGUUCAUCCACCAGCAACGCCAACGACUCCACAUCCGGACACACCACCACACCACCCGUGAUCACCAUCGACGAAGACCUCGAGGACACCGAGGAGCCGGGGGAAUAUCCACUUCCCUGGUGGGCCACCGAGGAACAGGACCCGGGCAACGCAGGGGGUCCAACCCUGGAAACAACACCCGCCACUAUACAUCCAGAUGACAAACCGACUCGUGCAGAUUGGGAUUUCCAGCCACACUGCUACAACUGUAACUCCCCGGAUCAUCGCCGCCAACAAUGCCCCAAACCUCGCAUCAUAGUGUGUUACAGUUGUGGGCGCAAAGGGGUCACCACGAAAACGUGCCCCCAUUGUGGAGAUCAGUGGAGGGCAGCCGGACCCUACGUCCCAGCACUGGGGCGUAACGUACCUCGUGCGAAGUUACAGACUCGAGCUCCACCAAGCGAUACCGCUGCCGAUACUUCACAAACCAGGAAGCGCACCAAGCGUCAGAAGCACCCCCAGGCUGUCAAGACAUCGAAACCUACCGCCUCACCGAAGACCCUACGAGGUGGGCCACCCCCCUCGCCACCACCUAGACCAGAGGAGCGUUGGGCAUAUCAUACACCCUCCUACGAGGCUAGGAAACUUCAAGGAUCUCCACGUCAGUCCGGAGAUUCUCAGGAAUAUGAAGGACGUUCCCAACGUCCCCCGGUGCAGUAUCAUGCCUUCUCACAGGAGCGGGGCUAUGAGUAUAGACCCCAGCAUGAGGAGUACCCACCGCUGGGGGGAAACAGAACGUGGGGAAGACCCCACGAGAGCGAGGAUUGGCGUCGAGAGGAACCACGUCGAGGGCGAGGAGGACUACCCGACCCUCGCUACGAACCAGAACUGAGGGGUUACCGCGAGCCACCCAAGGACUACUAUAGGUCAACGAGGGAUCGCGACCUCCCCUCGAGGGAUCAGGGACGCCGAGGCCGGGAGGAAGGACCCAGAUACCCUCCCCGAGACCGUGAGUAUGACCCCGACUACUCACUCAGGGGACCAGAGCCACCACCACCCGGCUACUGGUAG